AUGCAGAAGGCGGGUCGUCGGAGCCUGAAGCAUUGGGGUUGGCUUGUUGGGACAUUAGCAGCAAUGCUUGUUCUGGUUGUUUAUCUGGUUGGUGAAAAAAAAUACGAGCAGACCACCCCGAAAACCAGUACCCUACUAUUAAGAAAAAUACUUGAGAGAUAUCCCAGAACACAACGGCAGGACUUGAACAUUCUCAAACCUAGUAGCGGGAGAAACUUUGCUAGACCACCAUAUCCAGGGAUCAACAUGGUAACAAAUAAUAGUGGCCGGAGGAUCGUCGCGAGAACAGAAAAUCCGAGGGUCAGCAUGCUAAGGAGUCAGAGCCAGAUUAGGCUGGAUAAUGGCUUAGUCCAACUCACAGUUUCUCGUCCCGGCGGAGAUGUCAUUGGUAUAAAAUACAAAGGAAGUGACAACUUACUUGAACACAAGAAUCUACGAAAUAAUAGAGGGUACUGGGAUGUGGUCUGGAACAAACCGGGAGAGAAUUUGCAUUAUGUUGAUAAACUACAAGCAACAAAAUUUAGAGUUAUUAUGGCAACGGCAGACCAGGUUGAAAUUUCUUUUGUCAAAAUAUAUAAUGUUUCCCAGCAGCAUAGUGCCCAUGUAGUUCCCUUGGAUGUUGACAAAAGGUACAUAAUGCGACGCGGUCGUUCAGGGUUCUAUGCCUAUGCCAUAUUCGAGUGCCGUGAAGGUUGGCCGGAAAUGAAGAUGGAACAAAUUAGAAUGGUUUACAAGCUUCAACAUGAGAAAUUUCAGUAUAUGGUAUUAUCAGACACUAGGCAAACAUUCAUGCCAAAAGACAGAGACCGUAAAAACGGUGAGCAACUUGCCUAUCCUGAAGCCGUUCGUUUAACCAAACCAAGUAAUCGGGCGUUUAAAGGACAGGUCGAUGACAAGUACCAGUACUCAAUGGAGGACAAAGAUAACAAGGUCCAUGGAUGGAUUUCUAUAGACAAUUCGUUGGGAUUCUGGAUGAUCACACCCAGUGAUGAAUUCCGUUCUGCUGGACCCAUGAAGCAAGGCCUGACAUCCCAUGUCGGUCCGACUACCCUCUCGAUGUUUCUGAGUACUCACUAUGCUGGGAAGCAAGCUGGGAUAGAAUUGAAAAGAGGUGAGGCAUGGAAAAAGGUUUUCGGGCCUGUCUUUGUGUAUCUCAAUUCAGCUCCAAGAUCAAACAAUUCCACCGGUACACUUUGGAAUGAUGCCAAGGAGCAGAUGGCUGAAGAAGUCAAAAGAUGGCCAUACAAUUUCACUCAAUCCGAAGACUUUCCUCCUUCAGAUCAACGGGGAUCAGUUUCUGGCCGAUUAAUAGUACACGAUCGGUACAUGAGUGAGAGCCUUCUUUCGGCAAGUUCUGCUUAUAUGGGAUUAGCUGCACCAGGAGAAGUGGGAUCAUGGCAAAAGGAAAGCAAGGGUUACCAAUUCUGGACUCGAGCUGACAAACAAGGUCAUUUCCUCAUCAAAGAUGUUCGACCUGGGAACUAUAGUCUGUAUGGUUGGGUUCCAGGCAUCGUUGGGGAUUACAAAUAUGAGGCUGAUAUUGAAAUCAAACCAGGCAGUAAAAUCCAUUUGGCUAAUCUUACUUAUGAGCCUCAAAGAAAUGGUCCUACCUUGUGGGAAAUUGGCAUCCCCGAUCGAAGUGCAGCUGAGUUCUAUGUACCGGAUCCAUAUCCAACUCUCAUGAACAAAUUGUACAACAACGAUCACUCGGACAAGUUUAGACAAUAUGGCUUGUGGAAACGUUAUGAAGAACUAUACCCCGAUCAUGAUCUUAUCUACACCAUUGGCGUUAACGAUUAUCGUCAUGAUUGGUUCUAUGCUCAUGUCACCAGGAGUACCGGAAAGGAAAGGUAUGUAGGAACCACCUGGCAAAUUCGAUUUAAACUCAACAGUGUCAUGAGUCAAGGAAAUUAUACACUCCAAUUAGCACUGGCUUCAGCUACUUCUUCAGAAAUACAGGUUCGAUUUAACGACCCGAGUGUCAAGCAACCUCAUUUUUCGACGGGGCUAAUAGGAGGGGACAAUGCCAUAGCAAGACAUGGAAUUCAUGGUUUGUAUUGGUUCUUCAGUGUUAAUGUACCAAGUUCUCUGCUGCAAGAAGGAACCAAUACAAUCUAUCUUACUCAGUCAAGAGGUGGAGCACCUUUUCGAGGAGUCAUGUAUGACUAUAUUAGACUAGAAGGACCUUCCAUUAGACAUCCAGACACAUAA